GCGCUGCUUUACGGCACGCGCCCCGCCCCUCCAUUACGGGAAGUGCGGAGCCGGCAAGCAUGGCCGCCGCCUGCUUUCCCGGCCGGCUGGCGGCUGCCCUGGCCGCCUUGUUGCUCUUGUCUUUCGGAAGGUUGGCAGCUAGUCAGCUCGAGGAUCAAGCAGAACAAUUCUUUAGAAGUGGCCAUACAAACAACUGGGCUGUUUUGGUGUGUACAUCCCGAUUCUGGUUUAAUUAUCGACAUGUUGCAAAUACUCUUUCUGUUUACAGAAGUGUCAAGAGGCUAGGUAUUCCUGACAGUCACAUUGUCCUGAUGCUUGCUGAUGAUAUGGCAUGCAAUCCUAGAAAUCCCAAACCAGCUACAGUGUUUAGUCACAAGAAUAUGGAACUAAAUGUGUAUGGAGAUGAUGUGGAAGUGGAUUAUAGAAGCUAUGAGGUAACUGUGGAAAAUUUUUUGCGGGUAUUAACUGGGAGGAUCCCAUCUAGUACUCCUCGGUCAAAACGACUUCUUUCUGAUGAUAGAAGCAAUAUUCUUAUUUAUAUGACAGGACAUGGUGGAAAUGGUUUUUUGAAAUUUCAAGAUUCUGAAGAAAUUACCAACAUAGAACUUGCAGAUGCUUUUGAACAAAUGUGGCAGAAAAGACGGUACAAUGAGCUACUAUUCAUUAUUGAUACUUGUCAAGGAGCAUCCAUGUAUGAGCGAUUUUAUUCUCCUAACAUAAUGGCUCUAGCUAGUAGCCAAGUCGGAGAAGAUUCACUCUCACAUCAACCUGAUCCUGCAAUUGGAGUCCAUCUUAUGGAUAGGUAUACAUUUUAUGUUUUGGAAUUUUUGGAAGAAAUUAAUCCAGCUAGUGAAACUAGUAUGUAUGACCUUUUUCAGGUAUGUCCCAAAAGUCUCUGUGUUUCUACUCCUGGACAUCGUACUGAUCUUUUUCAGAGGGAUCCUAAAAAUGUCCUGAUAACUGAUUUUUUUGGGAGUGUACGAAAAGUGGAAAUUACAACAGAAACUAUUAGUUUGCAACACGAUUCAGAAAUCAUGGAAAGCAGCUAUACGGAAGACAGGAUGGAUGAAGAUCUAAUGGAACCUUUGAAAUAUGCUGAACAACUUCCUGUAGCUGAAAUAAUACACCAGAAACCGAAGCUGAAAGACUGGCAUCCUCCUGGGGGUUUUAUUCUGGGAUUAUGGGCACUCAUUAUCAUGGUUUUCUUCAAAACUUAUGGAAUCAAGCAUAUGAAAUUCAUUUUUUAAACUGAAGGACAUAUGAAGAAGAAUAUAUUGAAAAUUUCAACUUUGGAUACAAAUUUGUUAUUAUGUGUUUUUUAAAAUACAUUACUCUUGUGUAAAUUGGAAAAAAGUAUAAGAAAACUAAAUGUAAAUGAACUAUUGACUUCAUAACUUAAAAAUAUUUGUAAUGCAAUCGAUUAUUGGCCAUAAAUAUAUUUCAUUUUUUUCAUUUUGUGUAUCAUAGAAACAAAUGGGACAAAGAGAUCAGAGUAGAUUGAUUCUUUUUGAAAAUAAUAGUUUCCUCUAAUCUUAUCCUCUUUUCUUUUGGAAAAGAAAAAAUUGUGGGACAUUAAAUUCUCAGUAAAUGAUGUAACUUCUGUUAAUAAUUUUGUGUAUGUUCUAUCAAUUAUGCAUAUAUCUUUCCCAAAGUAGAGUUCAUAUAAAAUACUCAAUUUUAUAACUUUUCAUUUUAUAAUAUAUUAUCUACCUUUUCAUUUUCCUUGGAUAUUCUUCAAGAAAACAUUGUGAAUGACUGCAUAAUAUCCCUUGUAUGAGUUUAUAACAAUUUAUUUAACAGUCUUCUGUUAUUGGACCACUUACCUUAGGUAGUUUCCAGAGCUUUCCUUUGGUUUAUUCUUAAAUGUAUUAUUAUUUUUUUAUUAAUUUAUUUAUUUUAAUUAGGUAUAUAUGACAGCAGAAUGCAUUUUGAUUCAUUGUACACAAUUGCAGCACAACUUUGAAUUUCUCUGGUUGUACACAAUGUAGCGUCACACCAUAUGUGCAGUCAUACUGUACCAAGGGUAAUGAUGUCCAUCUCAUUCCACCAUCUUUCAUAACCCCCUCUGCCCCACCGGCACCCUGUAUUAUUAUUUUGCUAUCAGUUACUCCAGAAAUUCUGCAGGUUUAAUUAUAAAUAAAAAUGAAAAAUCAGCUCCUUUAUCUAUAAUACUGACAAUCUUAAGGACUUUUUUGUUGUCAGUAGUUGAUCUGAGAAAUUUUCAACCUUUGUAAAUCACAUACUGACUUCCCAAAUAAAUAUACAUUAUUGUUUUUCAUUUCUAAGCAUAUUGUGAUUCUCUAGACUUGAUCACCUCCUCUUCAAGUUUCUCCUUGAAAGAGAAGGUCAACAAGGACUUUAUUUCAUUCAGGUUAAGCUAAGUCUUGCCCACUGGCUAGAUCUACCCUUUCCCUCAGGACAGUACGCUAAAGUAGAUGACUCUCAUGGAAACAUACACACUAUGGUCCUUCUUAUCUGACAGAUAUAUCACCCCUCUCCUGGCCUUUGAUAAGAUGCAAGAGCUCUUGUCUCUAUCACUGAUUUUUAGCCUACCAGCCAUCUUCACGUUUUUCUUUAAGACUGGAAAUAGUAUUGAGAUUGUGCUUUGUGAUUAAUGUCAGACACUGAUUUUUCUUUUCAAACUUUUGUAUAUGGGGUGGAGGGGAAUGACUGAAAAUUCAGUAUUCAUGUCCCAGGGAAACUUUUAUGUGUUUUAUCUGUUUUUGUUCAAGAAUUUAUGUGUUAAUCUUUUUUCAUUGCAAAGAUCAGUUUUAUAGUUACAAGUAAGAUCAAGAAGAUAAACUUCUUUCAUAAUAAAACCUCUUAAUAUUCCUAAGAAUUUGUUUACCUUUUAACAGUUAAAUAUUGUACUUUAGUUACAUGCAGAAUUGUUAUAUUUUCACAGGCAAAGGAUAGUUAGGACAAAUAAUUUUGAGAUUUUUGCUGGCUGAGUUUAUUUUAAUUGAUCUUUUUAUUGGUACAUUAUAUAAAUGAAGAAGAAAAAAUACAUCUAAUUUAUAUAAAGAAGGAUCUUUUUGUACCUAGAAAGGAGGAAAAACAAACUUAAAUCGGAAUAACCUCAUCUUAGUGGUACAAGACAAAGUUUGAGCAUAUCACCUUCCAGACAUACCCACAAGGUCAUAGGCACCAUGGUGGGGUGGAGCUAGUUAGUGUGGUAAAGGAAUUAUGAUUGUUCUUGAGCCAAAGUAAUUUAGCCUGAAUAUAAUGAAACAUACCCUAAUGGUAAAGGCUGCUGGAAAGUAAAAAGAUUCCUCUUCAGAGGCUAUAGAAGGUGCCCUUCUUAGUUAAAACCAAACUGGGAAAAGUAAUCCUGGAUAUAAUAUACAGGAUUAAUUUUGCCUAGACAGAGUUUCAAAGGGCAAUUAAAUUUUUCUCUUUCACUAUUGAAUUUUCAGAAUAUAGUUAAAGGAAAAAGCUUAAAAUAUGUUAAAGUUUAGCUCAUAACCAUAAUAUUUUUACAUAAAGUAUAUUCUGCUUUUAAUAAUAAGCAAAUCCUGUGCAUAUGUAAGUGGGUAUACUUAGGAAAUAUUUUAAGUGCAAUUAAAUGGCUUAGAGUUUAAAUGAUAAUAUAAAAGCACAUCCUUAUAUGUAUUUUCCUUGAGCCACAAAGAGCUGAACAACAAAGAAGUGUUUUGGUUUUUGUUCCUCCCUUUUCUCAUAGUGUUGUUGUGGUGAGGAUCAAAUGAGAUGAUGUUAUGACUAAAGAUUUUGGGAAUUGUAAAUAUGUGGUGGUAUUUUUAUUUCUGCUUAGGAAGAUAUUAAGGCGGGAGUUAAUGGUGACAGUGCCCCCCUGUUCUGUUCUACUUGUUUAUCUUUUAAAGCUAUUCAAUGUGAUUCUUGUUCUCCUUGCUAUUCUCUUUCUCCUCCCCCACCAUGUCCUUCAGGGAGAAAAGAAAUAUAGAUAAAUAGAUCCCAGCAGACAUGUCCUGACAUUUCAGGGAGGGCCAGGGUAUAAUGAUGCCAUCCUGCAAAGGCAGCCUGUGUGAAAAAAAGAAACCAAAUGAUGUGAAUUUUAAAAUUACAAAAGAUAUUUAUAUGCAGCUUAUGAAAGGAAAGUGUAGUUUGAAUGCAAAGCUGAUUAAAUUGGAUCAAAAAAUUGGAAUUAAAUACAAAUAUAAUGCAUGCAUUUAUGGUUUCAAUUUUUAUAUUUUCUCAGCUAGUUGAAAGUGAUGACUCCCACAGCAAGCAUAACUCAGUUUGCUUCUGCUUACUGAGUAUUUUCUACUAUGGUAUAUGUUGAUAACUUUUCUUCCAUUAUGUAUGUUGUAUAGCAGAGUUACAGUUACUGUGGGAAUUAUCAUUUGAAACUUUGACUCAUGUGUUUUUGGAAUCUUUACGAUGAAUGUUGCAUUAACAUAGAACCUUUUUCAGUUGAUUCUAUCAAAAUUAAGCCCACCUGUAGUAGAUUGUUUGUACAUGUGAAAGAAAUAUUUUAUAAAUGUACCACAAGGUAUGACUAUAAAAUAAUGAGAUGUAUCCAUUUUUUCUUUAUGGUAUCCAGCCUCAUUACUUUAUUGUUCCGAUUCAACCCAAAGGCAUUUACCAUGAAGAAAGGGAUGUCAGGAUUGCUGUUCUGUUGUUACCUGCCCUAUUUCACAUGUACCUGCUGCUGAAAUAGAAAAGUCUUUCAAUUCAUGGACAAUAUACCCUGAUAGUGGUAACCAGGCUUUUUUUUGUUUGUUUGUUUAUUCCUUUUGGUACAAAAAAUUUACUGUUUUGGAAAUGUGCUUUAAAAUGUACAUUUUGGUUUAACUGUGUGGACUGUUAAAAUUGGUAUCAGUGAGGGUGUAACCAAGAAACUGGUUAUUAAAAAUUCAUUUAUUCCAAACA